ACGAAGAAGAAGAAGAAGCAGAAGCAGAAAUGGCUGAAGAGCAGAGAUGCCAGAUUCCAAGAGUGCAAUUGGGAAGUGAGGGAUUAGAGGUUUCCAAGUUUGGAUUUGGGUGUACGGGGCUAACUGGAAUCUGCAAUGAGGCUCCAGUCCCUGAAGAGCUUGGGAUAUCAAUCAUCAAGUACGCGUUCGAUAAAGGAAUAACAUUCUUUGAUACAUCAGAUGUUUGUGGACCGCAUACUAAUGAAGUUUUGAUUGGAAAGGCAUUGAAGCAGUUGCCUCGAGAUAAGGUUCAGUUGGCUUCAAAAUUUGGUGUUGUAAAAUUUGAGCCUAAUCAAGUUGUUGUAAAUGGCACUCCUGAAUAUGCCCGCUCCUGCUGUGAGGCUAGCCUGAAGCGCCUCGGCGUGGACUACAUUGAUCUUUACUACCUGCACCGGAUAGACACAUCAGUCCCCAUAGAGGACACUAUGGAGGAGCUAAAGAAGCUGGUGAAAGAGGGGAAAAUAAAGUACGUUGGAUUAUCUGAAGCUAGCCCAGACACAAUAAGGAGGGCACAUGCAGUUCAUCCCAUAACUGCUAUACAAAUGGAGUGGUCCCUUUGGACUCGUGAAAUUGAGGAAGAAAUUAUCCCACUUUGCAGGGAACUCGGAAUUGGUAUAGUGCCAUACAGCCCUCUUGGUCGUGGAUUUUUCGGUGGCAAGGCAGUUGUCGAAAGUUUACCUGCAAAUAGUUUUCAGGUAUCAAAUCCUCGUUUCCAAGGAGACAACCUUGAGAAAAACAAGAUCCUUUAUGGUAAAGUAGAAAAGUUGGCUGAAAAGCAUGGAUGCACCUCUGCACAACUCGCGCUUGCAUGGAUUCUUAAUCAAGCUGAUAAUGUGGUACCUAUCCCCGGGACAACUAAGACAAAAAAUCUUGAUGCUAAUAUUGGUUCCUUGAGCGUGCAACUCACGAGAGAAGACAUAAAAGAGAUUUCUGAUAUGAUACCCGUCAACGCGGCGGCAGGGGAUAGAGUUUCUGAUAGUCUCAUUCGCUGCUCAUGGAAGUUUGCAAAUACACCACCAAAACAUGGCAAAACUCCAUUUUGAUGUUGUUGAUUCUUAAACGUUUGCAUAUGCAAUUAUCACUAUGAUUUUGAGUUGGGCUUGCAACGCUAAUAUUCAGCAUCAUAAUAAAGAUCAUAUUGAUCGAAGGUCGAUUUUGAAAUUGUAACACUCAUGAACAAGAACAAAGGUCCGGGACUAAUUUU